AUGGAGCUCCCAAUCUGGAGAAUAGGGACCAUCAUAUGGGCAGAGACUAAUGAAGAGGAACGGAUCCCCGGGUUGACACAGAAUAGAAGCCAGGGUGGGGAUCUAUGGGGAGAGGAAGGCAAGGUGCAGGACAAGGAGGAGCUGGUGUGCAAAGGAUUUGCACCAAGCAGUUGUGUUGUGUUUGAAGACUCAGUUCGUGGCAGUCAUGUGAAGCAAGCUUUUCCAGGCCUAGUUAGAAGCCAUGGAGAGCCUGUGCCCACCGCCGGCUUCCUGUACUGGGUGGGCGCGAGCACAGCGGCCUACGUGGUCCUGCGCGUCUCGUACUCGCUCUUCACGGCCUUCCGGGUCUGGGGUGUGGGUCACGAGGCCGGGGUCGGCCCGUGGCUCGGUGCCUGGGCAGUUGUCACAGGCAGUACUGAUGGAAUUGGAAAAUCAUAUGCCGAGAUAGCUAAGCGUGGAAUGAAAAUUGUCUUAACCAGCAGAUCACAGGAUAAACUGAACCAAGUUUCUAGUGAUAUAAAAGAAAAAUUCAAAGUGGAGACAAGGACCAUUGCUGUUGAUUUCACUUCAGAAGAUAUUUAUGAUAAAAUUAAAACAGGCCGGACAGGUCUGGAAGUUGAUGUUCUAGUGAAUAACGUGGGAAUGUCAUAUGAGUAUCCUGAGUACUUUUUGGAUGUUCCUGACUUGGACAAUACUAUCAAGAAACUGAUAAAUACAAAUAUUCUUUCUGUUUGUAAGGUGACCCGAUUGGUGCUGCCUGGCAUGGUAGAAAGAUCUAAAGGGGUGAUUCUGAAUAUCUCCUCUGCCAGUGGCAUGCUCCCAGUUCCCCUGUUGACCAUCUACUCUGCAACCAAGGCUUUUGUAGAUUUCUUCUCUCAGUGCCUCCAUGAGGAGUAUAAGAGCAAGGGCAUCUUUGUGCAGAGUGUCCUGCCAUACUUCAUAGCUACUAAACUGGCUAAAAUCCGAAAGCCAACCUUCGAUGAACCUUCUCCAGACACAUUUGUGAAAUCUGCAAUUAAAACAGUACGAUUGCAGUCCAGAACCACUGGGUACCUGAGCCACACUCUCAUGGGCUCAGUAAACUCAAUCCACCAAGGGACAGUGUUUCCUUGCUAUAUCGAAACUCCAGUGAACAUUAUAAUCUCAACAUGUUUCAUUUGUGGACCUCUGAUAUGGCAUUGA